AUGACGUUGCCUGUGCUGUGGCAGGCAAAGACCGCACUUAAACCCGACAGAGUGGAGCCGUUGCUUGAGGCUCUCCAAUUGCAGCCCACCAUCCCGACCAUCGCGGGGUCCAGUGUCGUGCAUUUGGUCUGGGGUAGGCAGCGAAGCAAAGCUGAUCAAAGCCACAAUAGCAAGCCUAUUAACAACCCCCGGCCGGGCCUCAGCGAGGAGCAGGAAUUCGAGGCCUGCUGGAAGAUGCUCUACGAGGCCCUUACCGACAUACACGAACGGAACGCUGGAAAACUAUCCUUCGAGCAGCUCUACCGCGCAUCCUAUAAGAUAGUUCUCAAGAGGCGCGGCCAGGCUUUGUUCGACAAGAUCGGUGCCUUCGAGAGGCAGUGGUUCGGAGAGAAGGUCGUCCCGCCCAUCUUAGACCUGAUGAGCAGCCACAUGAUCAGCCAUGCUUUUGGUGACAUGCCUGGCACGACCGAUAACGAGCGCCGGGAGUUGGGCGAGAAGUUCCUCAAGGGAAUGCGUGAUUCUUGGGAGCAGCACAUGAGCGCCGUGGCCAUGAUCUCCGACGUCAUGAUGUAUCUGGAUAGAGGACAGACACAUGAUACGGACCGGCCCCAGCUUUAUAUGACCAUCCUCGGCCUCUACAGAGACAACAUACUGCGCCGCCAGUUCGACUCCAUCGACGGUCCCCUUACCGACUUGAUCAAUGCAGUUGUCCUCGACCUUAUCAACAUGGAUCGGAAGGGGGAUAUCAUCGACAAGAAUCUUGUCAAGAGGUUGCUCCACAUGUACGAGCAGCUGGCAGAGACUGACGACCUGGUCGAUGACAACCGUCUUUACCUCACCACUUUCGAGCCCGCGUACCUCCGAGACAGCAGGCGAUUCUACGCACAAGAGGUGGAACAGCUGCUCCAGGAGGGCGAUGCCGGCAGUUGGCUGCGUCAUACAAGCCGGCGCUUGGUGGAAGAGGAAGAUCGCUGCAAGACAACCGUGUCUACAAUGAGUACCUCCAAGAUAGUGAAAGUUGUCGACGGAGAGCUCAUCGCCAGCCAUCUGGAUCGGUUUCUGGCACUGGAGGGUAGUGGCCUCCGUGCCAUGAUCGACAACGACCGCAUCGAGGACCUCACUCUCCUCUAUAGGCUCGUCGACAGGGUUCCCAAUGGCAUUGAUAAGCUCAAGAAGAUCUUGCAGGCCCGGGUCGUCGAGCUUGGCUUAGAGAUUGAGAAGGCUGUGAAGGACGCGAAUUUCUCAGCGCAGCAGCCAGGUGCGGAAGGGGAGGAGGCGGCGAAACCGCUGACUGGCUCGGCGCGCGUGACAGCCGCAGCCGUCAAGUGGGUCGAUGAUGUCCUCAAGCUCAAAGACAAGUUCGAUACGUUCCUGCACGGCUGCUUCGGAAGCGACAAGAUAAUCGAAUCGGCGCUCACCAAGAGCUUCUCCGAGUUCAUCAACCUCUUUAGCCGGAGCUCGGAGUUUGUGUCGCUAUUCAUUGACGACAACUUGAAGAACGGCAUUCGAGGCAAGACUGAGGCCGAGGUUGACGAGAGUAUGGAGAAGGCGAUCAUCCUCGUACGGUUCCUCCAGGACAGGGACAUGUUCCAACGAUACUACCAGAAGCACUUGGCGCGCCGCCUUCUGCACGGGAAGUCCGAGAGUGAAGACGCUGAGAAGCAGUUGAUAUCACGGAUGAAGCAGGAGAUCGGCAGUCACUUCACACAGCGAUUUGAGGGCAUGUUCAAGGACAUGGACACUUCACGCGACCUCACCACGGGAUACCGGGACUACAUCCGCGACCUUGGAGACGUGGACCGCAAGACCGUCGACCUCGGGAUCAACGUUCUCACCAGCAACCACUGGCCGUCUGAGGGCAUGAUGCAGAAAUCGAAUGAUGGUCGCUUUAUUGAGUGCAACUGGCCGGCCGAGAUUCAAGCACUUCAAGCUAGCUUCUUCAAGUACUAUCUCACCGAGCGCAAUGGACGUGUCCUGACCUGGGUCGGCAACCUUGGUACCGCCGAUAUCAAAUGCGUCUUCCCCAAGGUUCCUGGAAAGGAGAGCGGGCCAUUGAGCAAAGACCGACGGUACGAGCUCACCGUGUCUACUCACGGCAUGGUAGUGCUGCUGCUGUUCAACGACUUGGCAGAUGGCCAGUCCCUCACAUAUGAGGAGAUCCAGGCGCAGACCGACAUCCCUCCGGGAGACUUGAACCGUGCUCUGGCGUCGCUCUCACUGGCUCCCAAGUCGCGGGUCUUGCUGAAGGAGCCCAUGACCAAGACCAUCAAGCCGGGCGACAAGUUCUCCUACAACAGCUCUUUUGCAAGCAAACAGGUCAAGAUCAGAGCGCCGAUCGUUAGUGCCCAGUCCAAGGUUGAGGGUGACGAGGAGCGCAAGGAGACGGAGAAGAAGAACGACGAGAGCCGCAACCACAUUGUGGAUGCGGCCGUCGUCAGAAUUAUGAAGGCCCGCAGAGAGCUUGCGCACAAUCAGCUCAUAUCUGAGGUGGUCGCUGUCUUGACCGGACGCUUCAAGCCCGAUAUCCCCAUGGUCAAGAAGCGCAUCGAAGACCUCAUCGCCCGCGAGUACCUCGAACGCGCCGACGACACGGAUGCGACCCAGCAAAUCUACCGCUACCUGGCAUAG